CAGUGGAGCUUAAAUUGGGAUCCAUCCUUCACUCGGAUCAUAGAAGAAAACAAAAAAGCAGGGAGAGAGAGAGCGAGAGACAUGACCAUGUCUACAAUACCAGAGAGUCUAAACAGCCCAGUCUCAGGAAAGAACGUGUUCAUGGAAUUUGGGCCACCGAGUCAGCAAAUGUCGCCUUCAUCCAUGAGCCACGGACAUUAUUCAAUGCACUGUUUACACUCCUCCGGACACCCGCAGCACGACAGCGCAUACAGCCCGGCUCCGUCCUUCCCCAGAUCUCUGCCUUAUCCAUACGUCAACUCGGUCGGUAGCCAUUCCUCCAGUCCGUACCUCAGCACCGUGCAGACUUACCCAAACAACUCGGCUUUGGCGCAGACCAGACUGGAGGACCCAGCGCCGGAGUCAGAGAAAAACACCGUGGUGGAAGGAGGAGAGGUUCGUUUCAACGGGAAAGGCAAAAAGAUCCGCAAACCCCGGACCAUCUACUCCAGCCUCCAGCUGCAGGCUCUGAACAGGAGGUUCCAGCAAACUCAGUAUCUGGCUCUGCCGGAGAGAGCCGAGCUCGCCGCGUCCCUGGGGCUCACGCAGACACAGGUGAAGAUCUGGUUUCAGAAUAAACGCUCCAAGUUUAAGAAACUGAUUAAGCAAGGCGGUGGAACAAUAGACGCGAACGCUUUGGCAAACGCGCUGUCCACCGGGUCUCCAUCCGUGGCGCCCGUCUGGAACUCAACAGCCAGCGUCAAAACAUCCACACCGACCUCGUAUAUUCCCAGUUACACCUCAUGGUAUCCCACAGCACACCAGGACACUAUGCAGCAGCCGCAACUCAUGUGAACCAGGACUGCUGAAACAACCCCGCCCCUCUUUCCGCCAGUGGCCCAGUUCAGGGGACCCGACACAAGGCCGGUCACUCUGCGGCCCUCCGCAGCACAGACCAGAUGUGAUCCGGAGACACACUCAAAAAGACACCUGCUGACACACUGGCCAGCGUGGACUGAGCGAGGGUCGUCUGCACCAGAGAGGAAACAAGUCUCUUUUUGAAUCGAAGGGAAUGCCGGGAAAGUGGGUCAAAUCAAAGCUGCUCUCCCCCUUUCAGUGACUUUUUUUGUUGUGUAAAAAACCCCCCAAAAAAACCCUGAAACUGUACCUAGUCAGAAGUGUAUUUCAGUUUCUGCACAUUUGUAAUUUUCCGUAAGAAAAUUGGAAUUACCGGUUUGUCCAUCCACAACACAGUGCUGGUUUACGGGCUGCGAGAGCGACAUGAACAUCACACAUUUCCAAAAGCUCGGCGUCGGGCUCAUACAGUCGCUUCGC